GCAGCUUGUUACUGCUGCCUUUGGUGUCCUACCAGCAUCUGUUCCUCUUUUUGCUAAUAAAAAUAGAGCGGCGCUAAUAAGAGACUUGUGUUUCGGAUACAUCACUUCCUGCUGGGAAUUAUCUGUGCGCUGCUUUCAUUUUAAUCACCGAACCGUGACAGAGAGGGCGCGAAUGCGCAUCGGCCUGCGCAUCUUUGAAUCUUCAGAACUACACUGUGAACAAUCUCCCUGACAUCCGAGGACCUCUCCUCCGCAAUCCGACGAGGCUUCUCCACCGCCUAUGGCCUCACGUCGGCAUCCCUGAGCCGCUGGCCUUGUCCCGGACCCUUCAUCCAUCGCCGUCUUUAAAAGGUUUUUAAACCCGGGAACAAUUUUUAUAAACAUUUUUAAAAUUGUCCGCGCCUGACUAUUUGUAAAGAACCCUGUGCUAUGCUGGGCCCAUCUCUCUAGAUCUUGUGAUCAAUACACGAUCUCUCCUCCCACAUUCAUCCGAGCAGGCUCUUGUACUCUCAGCGAGCCCCGACAAUGCAUCCUAAUGCAGAGAUGCUGGCGGUGGUCCUUUUGGGGAACUUGAUGCUGCCUUUCAUCUCGGCUCAAAACGCUGGGUUUGUGAAGUCGCCAAUGUCUGAGACUAAGCUUACGGGGGACACCUUUGAGCUGUACUGCGACGUGGUUGGUAACCCCACUCCAGAGAUCCAGUGGUGGUAUGCUGAGAUCAACCGAGCCGACUCCUUCAAGCAGCUGUGGGAUGGAGCCCGCAAGCGUCGGGUAUCAAUCAACACAGCCUACGGCACCAAUGGCGUCAGUGUGCUCUGCAUCACCCGCCUCACACUGGAGGACUCUGGGACCUAUGAGUGCCGGGCCAGCAACGACCCCAGGCGCAAUGAUCUCCGACAAAACCCCGCCAUCACCUGGAUCCGUGCGCAGGCCACCAUUUCGGUGCUACAGAAACCAAAGAUCAAUGCCUCCGAUCAGAUCAUCCUGUCACCGGAUACCUCUACCAAAGCAGUCACCCUGCAGUGCAACCUCACCACUGCCCAUACUCCCCACAAGGAAAGCUUCUGGGUGAAGAAUGGACAUGAGAUUCCCAAAACACGAACAGAGCAAAGGAACACAGUAUACAGAAUCCCUAAACCGCGGGCAGAAGAUUCUGGGGAAUACAUGUGUGUGUACACGUUUGACAUGGCACCAAAUGCAAAUGCUACUAUUGAAGUAAAAGCAAAACCUGAUAUCACUGGCCACAAGCGAAGUGAAAAUAAAAAUGAAGGGGAAAAUGCAAUGCUGUAUUGCAAGUCUGUUGGGUACCCACAUCCCACAUGGACAUGGCGUAAAAUGGUUGGAACAUCUUACACGGACAUUGACAACUCCACUGGACGCUUCUUCAUUACUAGCAGAGACAACUAUACAGAGCUCAACAUAUUAAACCUGGACAUCAACACAGAUCCUGGAGUAUAUGAAUGCAAUGCCACUAAUGUGAUUGGAAACACUGCUGAGAUCACUAUACUACGAGUGCGGAGCUAUCUUGCACCACUUUGGCCUUUCUUGGGUGUGCUUGCAGAAAUCCUAAUCCUCGUAGUCAUCAUCGUUGUCUAUGAGAAACGCAAGACGCCAGAUGACAUCAUUGAUGAUGAUGAACCAGUUGGACAAAUGAAAACAAAUUCAACAAACAACCACAAGGACAAAAACAUUCGCCAGAGGAAUGCAAAAUAAGCACUUCACUCAAAUGAGAUGGCUAAACUGCAUUUAUGACAACAUGAAGGUAUAAGAGGUGGAUAGAGCUCUGGACACUUUUGAAAAAAGCAUAUCGUCUCAUUUUAUGAGAAACAAUAUCAGCGUAACACUGGCAACAAAAAGAACAUAAUGGCUGUCUUAAGCAUGCCUUAUUCAGUCUUAGGUGGAGAUUUCAGGAUGACGAAUAAUGACUAAAACCACCGCAGAGGUGUACACAUUUUUAAUGUGCUGUUGAUGUCUCCUUUAUUAAUUUUAUCAUGUCCUCAGAUGAGGUGAUCCCUUUUGUAUUACAUACCAUGUACAACGCAUGCAAGAUAAUUACACAAUAGGGUACUCAGAAUAGACAUUUUCUGUUGUUAUCCCUGGUGUGGCUUUUUUGCAUCCAAAAUGACCUAUGUUUUUUAUGGAGUCAUCCUUAUAACAUACAUACAUACAUUCACACAUACAUACAUACACACAUACAUAAAUAAAUAAACGGAUGUAUAGUUAGUUUUGUACAGCAUAUCAUGUUUAUUUGAGUUUGUGGGAAGUCAACUUUUAACAGAACUUUUAUUGUGAAGCAAGGGCUUCAGUGACUGGCAGUAUUUCAAUUUAAUUGCGAGUGAUUACAGAAAAUGGCAACUGUGUGUUUAACUACUAUAUCUAAACAAAAAUGAUAAUGUGUAUUAUUUUUAUUUUAUUUGCAGAGUUACUUAGGUGUCUUGUAUAUGUUGAAGUAUGAGUGUUCAAAUUAUAGGAAAUCUGUAAAAAAAUAUUUUUUUUAUAUUUCCCAAUUUCAUUAAUUGA